GGCAAGGCCUGGCGAGGGCUCGAGGCUCCCUCGGUGGCUCUGGGCGCUCGGAACUGGGCCUGCGGGACGAGGGGUUCCCCCUCGCUCCGGUGCUGAAGGCUCCUCUCUGGAGCCGCUCACCUCCGGAAAUGAGUGUAUACGUAUACAAGAUGGGAGAUUCUUUAAACGUUGCUUAGGAGUGGCAUCCCUUUAGGAGAGAAGUAUAAUCAAAAAGAAACAACAAGAAGUAGUGGGCUUUUUAGAAGCCAACAAGAUUGAUUUUCAGCAAAUGGACAUAGCAGGUGACGAAGACAACAGGAAAUGGAUGAGAGAGAAUGUCCCUGGCGAAAAAAAGCCUCAAAAUGGAAUUCCCCUCCCCCCACAGAUCUUCAAUGAGGAGCGGUACUGUGGGGAUUUUGAAUCCUUUUUCUCUGCUAAAGAAGAAAAUAUUAUUUAUUCAUUCCUGGGGCUUGCUCCUCCUCCAGGCACAAAGGAGACUGAAAAGUCUGAUGCCACGGAUGGAACUGAGGCACAAACAGAAGACAAGGCAGACGAAGGGGCUCAUGAAGGGGCUCAUGAAGAGGCUCAGUCUGCUCAGUCAGAAUCAGAAGAUCAACAGGAAAGCAAGGAAGAACAUGAAACAACAGGGGAGGAAGAAGAAAAGCAGGAAGAGGGAGAAGAAAAGGAAGAUGGAGAAGAAAAGGACAAGGUGGAAGAGCAAGAAGAGUCUUAGUACACUGUGACACAUUCUUUCUUGAACAGGUUUUCAGGAAGCACAAGCUGGAGUAGCCCUGACAAAGAAAAUGAAGUGGAUCUCUUGAGCAAAUCAUCACUACCUUUCAUGCCUGUAGGCUUAUGAACAUAUAAAUACAUAACAGAACAAGAUACCACCCUGUACUAUGUGUUGCCUUUAUAUAUAUAUUUGGUAUUCCAUUUGCUUGUUAGAACGGGUCUUCUUAUAUCUGACUGAUGAUAUUUCAGGUGAUUGUUAUAUGUUGGAAUAGUAUUGUCUAUGUCACGUUCUAGACUGUAAGCUCCUCAGGGCAGGAGCCAUGUCUUUCCCCAUGUUUAUGUACUGCCAAACACAUUGCUGCCACUUAGCAGGUGACUGCACUCACACAAGUGAGCUACUUAGAGAAAAAGAAAUUCAGUGUUGAAAACUGCAAAGAGGCUUCCUGUGUGCAAGCUGUGUGAGCCACUUCUCCUUCAGCUGGCUUUUGAAAAUGAUUGAGAUUUCCAUUGUACAGCAGUUUAAAUAAAUGCAUUUUCUGUCAUA